AAAAACAGGGAGAAACUAGUGAUCAGAGAACAACCGCAAACAGAUCUCCGUUUCUCGUCAAACAAAAAGAAAAUGGCUGCAUUCAGCGGCGACGAAACGGCUCCUUUCUUUGGCUUCCUCGGAGCCGCCGCGGCCCUCGUUUUCUCCUGCAUGGGAGCGGCAUACGGCACAGCGAAGAGUGGUGUGGGGGUGGCAUCGAUGGGAGUGAUGAGACCGGAGCUGGUGAUGAAGUCGAUCGUGCCUGUUGUGAUGGCUGGUGUGUUAGGUAUCUACGGUUUGAUCAUUGCGGUUAUCAUAAGUACGGGCAUUAACCCCAAAGCCAAAUCUUAUUAUCUCUUUGAUGGCUACGCUCAUCUUUCUUCUGGUCUCGCUUGUGGCCUCGCUGGCCUCUCCGCUGGCAUGGCCAUUGGCAUCGUUGGCGACGCCGGUGUUAGAGCAAAUGCUCAACAGCCAAAGCUUUUCGUUGGAAUGAUUCUCAUUCUCAUUUUUGCUGAGGCGUUGGCGUUAUACGGUCUCAUUGUUGGCAUCAUCCUCUCUUCCCGUGCUGGCCAAUCUAGAGCUGAUUAAUAUAAAAUUUUAUGUUGGAUGUGGUACACUGAACUGCAGAUUGUGAAUUUUACAGCGGAGUUGGCAUGGAUAAGGUUAUGGUAGUAGAUAGGCUUUUGCUUUGUUUAGUUCAUUUGGUUCUAUUAUGAACUGGUUAUAAAAUUGAGGCUAUCCUGGAAUAAAGUGCGUCUUGGCUCGUCACUAUUUUUAAUUAGAUGCUCAUUUA